AUGGCUAAAACGGAAAAGACAUCGAUCUUAUUGAAAGAUAAAAAUCUUGAAGAUGUUGCCACUAAAGAUUCUGCACCUUUACUAAGUGAGAGCAAAAAUUUAUCCGAUUUAGAACAAUCUGAAGAAGAAAUAUAUCAGACGGUAACUAUUGAUUAUAUCAUGAACAAGCAAAGAUUUGGAUUAUUCCAUUGCUUAAUAAUUAUUGUUUGUGGGCUAUGCUACAGUGGUCAUGCUAUAUUUUACCAAGCAAUCGGAUUCAUAACUAUUACUGCUAGCGAUUUGGUUAUUAAUGCUGAUAAUCACUUUUGGCUGAGUUUUUCUUUUACCAUUGGGAUUAUCUUCGGUAGUGGCUUACUAGGUAGCUUAGGUGACGUCUUCGGAAGAAGAAGAAUUAUUUUGGCGUCUUUGGCAAUAAACUUAAUAACCACUUUGGUUUCAGUCUUUGCCUAUAACUACACUAUGUUGGUAGUUUUAACAGCUAUCAAUGGAUUAGGUUUUAGUGGUAUUAUAUCUAAUGUGCAUUCUUAUGCAAUUGAAUUUUUUUCUCGAGAUUAUCGUGGUUGGGCUUUGGCUUGUGUAACAUCCAUUUCAAUACUAGGAAGUAUUUUUAGUACAGUACUUGCUGCUUUGACGUUAAAUUAUCGUUUUCAUGUUCCAGUUGGCCAGAUAUACUUUACCAGUUGGCGAUUAUAUUUAAUUCUUUGCAGUCUUCCUAUUUUGGCAGGUUUCUGUUCGCUCCUAUUUAUGCCAAACAGCUUACGGCAUACUUUAAGAAAAGGGAAUACAGAGAAAAUUGUACAGAUUUCUGAAAAGAUAACACGAAUCAAUUCAUUUGUAAAACGAGGAAGUAGAAGUGAUAAUUAUAAAUACAUUACUUUAUCUCAUUCCUACUUAGCUAAAACUCAUAUUAAUGGUACAAAUCUGACUCAAGAAUAUCAAAUUACUCAUAAAUUAUGCGAUCAUAGCCGGAAAUUUAAAGAGACACCCUGGCAUAAAAGAGCAUGGCUACUUCUGAUCGUAUGGUUUGGAUAUAGUUUUACGGCUCACGGACUAUUAAUGUGGCUGCCAUCGUUACUAACUUAUUACGUAAAUGGCAACACCUGUCGAUCAGUUAAUCAUGCUAGUAAAAACUUGCCUUGGAAUAGAAAUUAUAUGAUCAUCUUUAACGGUUCAGAGUAUCUAGACAACCGAGACAGUAAGUUAUCAUCAGCACUGACUCGCAUAAUGCUAAGUAAUAUAUUAUCGAUACCGUUGACUUUAUCCUGCAUUUUAUUAGUUGGUCGUAAUGGUAGGAAAGGCUUAUUUUGCACAAUAUCCAUAGGAUGUGGAAUAAUUGUAUUACUGAUAUGGUUAAUUGAUUCAUCUAUGAGUGCUAUGAUCUUGGUCUGUUUUUUCGUAGCUUUUUCAAUGAAUGGUUGGAUUCCUUUUACCGUUUGGACUACGGAAUUAUUUCCAACAGAAAUAAGAUCAACUGCUCUCGGAAUUUUUAAUGCUAUUGGUCAUAUUGGAACUUUAUGUGGCACGAUUGUGUUUCCUUUACUUUUUUAUAUCGACUGCACAGCAAGUCUUUUGCUUUAUUGUAUCGCUUUAUUAGUAGCUGGAAUUGUAGCAAUCUACAUUCAAGACACUGUAAAUGUUGAUAUUGGAUGA